AUGAGCAAGGCAAGCAGUUCUAGUGAUGAAGAUGCUCGAUAUGUCCCAUCACCAAUUAAAAAGCAUAAAAUGGGAAAAGCUAUAAGUGAGGAAGUAAGAAUCCGAAUUGUAAAUAUGUACAAAAGUAUUACAAUGAAUGAACCUAGCAUCUCCGUGAGACAAAUACGAAAACAAAUAUCGGAUGUAUUGGGUGUUGGCGAACGUUCGAUCCAGACAAUUAUUACAACAUACAAGGAGACACACAAGGUGGUUGCUUCAAAACAAAAACGUAAAAAAAAAUCAUUUCGCGAUCUUUUUGACGAAUUUGCAAAAAACGCAGUACGCAGACACGUUCAUAGCAUUUGGUUUCGUCGUGAAAUUCCAACAAUAGAUAAAAUUCACCAAACCGUAUCCGCCGACAGUUUGCCAUCAAUAUCGCGAACCAAUUUAUUUCAUCUGUUGAAAGAUUUAGAUUUCCGAUACUGUAAACGUAGUAGAAACAGUGCUAUGGCUGAAAAAAAUGAAAUUUUUGAUUGGCGUAGAAUGUAUUUGGAGAACAUUAAAAAGUACCGAGAAGAAGGUCGACAUAUUUAUUUCCUCGACGAAACAUGGGUGAAUGCUGGCGGUU